AGCUCAUGCGCAGUUCUGUGCCCACCGUGGCGCGCGCAGCCUGAACCAGCGGAUAAUAGGCGGAAACAGCUGUUCUACGCGCAUGCGUCCUCUGGGAUCAUCCAGAGCAAUCGGCUUUCCUCGUGGAAAAGACGCUACGGCGAGCGCCGAGGGUGGAGCAGCCGGGCGGGUUUCUGGCCACCAUGGCGGCGAAGCAGAUUACCCAGGAGACCUUUGACGAGGUGGUGCAGGAGAACAUCGUUGAAUUUGGCCUAGAGCCGGAAGAAGCGCUCAACGAAGCCGUGCAGCAGUUUGAAUCCCAAGGUGUCGAUCUGAGCAACAUAGUAAAGGAGGCCCCCAAUCCGACCUCUGAGAACGGUCAGGAACAGAACCACGCGAUUUUACAGACCCUGGACUCGCUCCAGAAAGCCAUCGUCGACUCCGACUCGAGUGAGAUGGACGAGCUUCUGGGGAGCUUUGCCGAGCAGUGCAGGCGGGAGCUGGCGGUCCGUUACCUGGCGGGGCGGAAAGGGGCCUACGCGGCCGUGUUGGCUGCUGGCCGCCUGGCCUGUGAGGACCGCUGCUCCCUGCUGAAGGCCCUGGAGGCCCUGUCUGCGCUCACGGACGGCCAGCCUGACCUGCUCGACGCCUCCGGCCAGGAGCUGCUGCUGCAGGUGCUGCAGGGGAGCCGAGAUGCCGCCGACUUGACGUUCGUGGCCAUCCGCUGCGUGCGGCACGCCUGCCUCAAGCACGAGCAGAACCGGCAGGACCUGGUCAGAGGCGGGGUCCUCCCGCUGCUGGCGGGGGCCAUUGUGCAGCACGGGGAUCGCGCCAACGUGGUCCGGGAGGCCUGCUCUGGCCUUCGCAUCAUGACCUUUGACGACGACAUCCGGGUGCCCUUUGGCCAUGCCCACGACCACGCCAAGAUGAUUGUGUCGGAUCACGACGGCUUGAGGAUCCUGAUAGAGGCCGCCAAAGCCUUCACAGAUGACUGCAGCGUCCUGAGUGAAAUCUGUGCCACGCUAGGACGCCUGGCUGUCCGCAACGAGUUUUGCCAGGAGAUCGUGGACCUGGGAGGCUUGAAUUUCAUGGUGGCGUUGCUGGCAGACUGCAUCGACCACCAGGAGCUGGUGAAACAGGUGCUGAGUGCCAUCCGGGCCAUUGCGGGCAACGAUGAUGUGAAGGAUGCCAUUGUCAACGUCGGAGGGACGGAUCUUAUCGUCUUAGCCAUGAGCCGCCAUCUUGCAAGCCCUCAGGUGUGUGAGCAGAGCUGUGCGGCAUUGUGCAUGUUGGCGCUGCGCAAGCCAGAAAACUGCAGCGUCAUCAUGGAGGGGGGAGGGGCCCUGGCGGCUCUGCAGGCCAUGAAGACACACCCCCGAGAAGUGGCUGUCCAGAAACAAGCAUGCAUGCUGAUCCGGAACCUUGUCUCUCGCACCCGGGACUUCUCCCAACCCAUCCUAGAGAUGGGAGCCGAAGACUUGAUCUCAGAAGCCCGGGCGGCCCACCGGGAUUGCGAUGACAUCGCCAAAGCGGCUCUGAGGGACCUCGGCUGCAAGGUGGAGCUGCGGGAACUCUGGACAGGCCAGAAAGGGGGUCUGGCCCAUUGAAACCCCAGAGCCUCCAACCUGCAGGGUGGCUGCGGCGGCAAGGGAAUGCAGACUGGAAUGAAGCCAGGCCGAGCUGUUGAAGAGAGGGAAAUGAAAGAAUGCGUUCAACACACACGUGUUCCCCUGGCUCGCGGAAAGGGGUCCGACUGAAUGGCGGCAGCGGUGACUGUAGCCCCUGCAUCGCCCCCAAUUUUGCAGGCCGUGGCUGUAUUUUUCGCGCUCUGCCUUUUCCCUUUCGCUUGUAGGCGCGCCCAGCUCUCAGACCAAUCCCAACCCAGGCAGAGCCUGUGUACACGUCGCCAGCUAAUGCCGCAGAGCUACGCUUUGUAGAACGACCCCCAUUGUCACCACGAGAAAAAAAAAGGAGGAAAGGGUUUACGGGUUCGCUUUAUGACUGCAGUUGACACACCGGUCUCUUCCUACAAGUGUCAAGGCCCAGCUCGGCCUCUGUUUCCCACAGCAACUAGUUUAGCUGCCUCUCUCCCCACUGUGUCUGCCCAUGCUCUGUGCCCUCCACUACUUGCCCUCGGCUGUCUUCUGUAGUGUUAUCAUGGUUGUGUUAAGAACCACA